CCGCUGCUGGCGAAUUAUCUCCCCACACCUCAUGCCAUUUCUGAGCGAUGUGACUUCCCUAUUCCUAGCCCUUGAUCAAAACACCCAGCGGCCUCCAUCCUUUCCACCUUUCCCCGCAUUCCUUAUCAGCGCAACGUGCUACCUCGUGUGUUUGUCACUUGGCAACGAAGAUCGUUAGGACGAAGACAAUGACGCAACCACCGAUUGAAGUCGACCCGGCGGCGGCAAGCGACAAUGACUCGGUCAUCGAUGACCAGCUUUCCGAAUUCACCGCGUCCUUGACGUCCAGCGUCACCGACUAUCCGGUCGAAUACGGCCGCCGAUACCAUGCCUUUCGGUCUGGCGUGUACUGUCUGCCCAACGACGAGCUCGAGCUGGACCGCCUUGACUUGACCCAUGCUCUCAUGACCAAGGGGAUAGGUGGGAAGUUGUAUCUCGCCCCGAUCGAGGCCGAGAAGCUGCACCGGAUCCUUGAUAUCGGAACCGGCACAGGCAUUUGGUCUAUUUGCAUGGGUGACGAUUUGCCAAACGCGGAGGUCCUAGGGAAUGAUCUAAGCGCCGUCCAGCCCACUUGGGUCCCUCCCAACGUAAAGUUCGAAAUCGACGAUGUCGAAAGCCCAUGGUCGCAUCCCGUUCCGUUCGACUACAUUUUCUGUCGAUACAUGGCGGCCUGUAUCUCGGAUUGGCCCAAGCUAGUAAAGAACAUCUAUAGGAACCUGGCACCUAACGGGUGGGCCGAGUUCCAGGACUUCGAUCUGCAAUACUACUCCGAGGACGGAUCCCUGACCGACUCCAGCGAUACCAUCAAGUGGAUCAACACUCUCCUAUCGGCCGCCCGCAAGAUCGGCCGCGAUCCCUGCCCCGGCGUCAAACUGGAGGAGCGGGUGAGGGAAGCCGGCUUCAAGAACGUCACCCACCGCAGAUUCAAGUUUCCGGUCGGGCCGUGGCCCAAGGACCGCAACAUGAAGGAAAUCGGCAUGUACAACCUGGCGCAGGUCCUGCAGGGUCUGGAGGCCUUCUCGCUGCGCCUGUUCUGCGACGUCCUUGGCUGGCAAAAGGAAGAGGUGCUUGUCCUGACCAGCAAAGUCCGAAAGGAGCUGAAGAGCCCGGCCAUCCAUGCGCAAUUUGACUUCCACGUCGUUUAUGGGCAGAAGCCGUGAGGAGAGCGAACAGAGUUGGGAUCAAGAGCAAGCCUAGCCAGCACCCCCCUUAAGUUUGUGUCUGUCCGUUUGCGUAGAGGAGAUUUAGAAAAUUGAAUGAAAAGCAUCUAUGAAGCCACAUAUCAACCG